GGGGAGGGGGAGGGUUUGUGGAGUUGGUCAUAUGAUCACGGAAUCAAAACAAACCGAGUAACAAAACUGAAGGGGGGCUGAAGGCUUGGUUUCAGGAUCUAGGGUGUUGCGAACUUCCAGGAAUCUGCUACAAACUGGAUAUCGUCUGUGACAGCAUCAAGAUUAGCCAAAUAAUUUACAUUUGCAAUGUGGAGGAGACUCGGAACUAAACAGCCAAGAUGAUGGGCUGACGUUGAAGAAAUUGGAUGCUGCCGGAUGGAACAGACUUGAGCUGUAAUAAUUUUUUUUUAAUCAUCAAAUGAUUGCUGAACUCCUACUGUCCUUGGGGAGUUUUGACUGACUCGUGUUGCCGUAGAAAGCGUUUUCGUGCCAACUGAUUUGAGUGCCUGCCACAUUUUGUCCCGGUUUUGAAGCACCAACUCUAGGCUCGGUCAUGCCGCAGCCCAAUGUUAGUGGGAUGGAGCCUGCGUUCGGAGAUGCUUUUCGAAGCUGUUGCCUCUACUCAUCCUUAGACCAGACCGUCACCAGCCCAGACAGCAGCCCAGACUCAGGCUUUCUGUAUGAACAGGAACGUCAAUUAGCCUAUACAAAUAGCUCCAGAAACGACCUGCUGAGUCUGAAUCUAUACAGGAGCCCAGUGAAAGAGAAUAUCGAGCUUUUGAGUGAUCUGGUGGACGAUGAACCAUCUGACAGCAACAGGUGUGAGCGGUGGGAUAUAUCAGCUUUAGAAGACUUUACUAAGUACACCAAAACUGAUCUUUGGAACGACAAGGAGUUGGAUUUGUUGGGUUUGGAUGAGCAUGAGAGUCCUUAUCAAAAUGAAGCUGAGAUCUCUCAGACACCAACACUGGCUGAGCUGAAUGCUGAUGACUCACAGCUUAUUGCUGACUCUUGGUGUUUCUUUCGGCCUGUGAAGGACGCUUCCCCAUUCUCUAGUAAGCCUGACAGUGUCUGCAGAACUGCAGAGAACCCUAAAAAAGGCAACUGCAUGGAUCCUUUAAUAGAUCCUGACUACCAAUCAGAGAGUACUGUUUUUCUUCACAAAAGGGAAGACCAGCAAAGUCACCUGAGAAGCAGUAAGUCCUGCAUCACUGCCGUAGGCCCCAGAAAUACGGAGAUACCUUCGAAAUCUGGAAACCAUGACCUCCAUGACCAAACUAGCGACUCCAGAGCACACACAGACUCUGUGUCGAACCCAGAAGAACGAGCAGUUCAUAAUAGGACAACAUCAAGUUCUUGGAAGCAUCACAAGCGAUCAGCAGCCACAGGGCUGGGUGACGCAGGUGUUGAGAAAAGUGACUUUAAUAAGGGAGAUGGUCAAGCCUGCACCCACCUAACAGCAUUCCCCAUCUGGUCUGCUAGACAGGCAAGUGUGGGACAAAGCCCAGAGGCUGGAGUUGAACUGAAGAACCAUGAACACAACUACUCUCUGUUCAGUGCUGAAGGACUAGGAUUACAGACAGGUGAAGAGAGACUGGAGACUGAGAAUGGCUCUGACAGUGAGCAGGAUGACAGUGAAAAUGAAGAUGAUGAGGAGGAAGAUGAUGAUGAGGAUAAAGAUGACUUCAGCGAUUAUCUUUCUGAAGCAGGAAACGAACAUGAGACGUCAGCAGAUGUUGCUUCAGAGAUGGGUGGCAGGCGACUGAAGCGCCGGUAUUUCUGGGAGUACAGCGACAGCCACGUCACACCCAGCAAACAAGAACGGACCCUGCAGCCAUCUGAGUGGGACUGCUACACUUUACCCAGUAAUGUUUAUCAGAAGGAGAAUGGCGUUGGGCAAGGGCGGAGAAUGGCGAAAAAAUCCCGUCGCACAGACGUCGACGACUUGACGCCGAACCCAAGAAAGCUGCUCCACAUUGGGGACGAACUGAAAAAGCUCAACAAGGUAAUUGACGACCUGACACCAGUGAACGAGCUGCCAGUGAACGCCAGACCACGGUCCAGAAAGGAGAAAAAUAAACUGGCUUCUAGGGCCUGCAGACUUAAGAAGAAAGCACAACACGAGGCCAACAAAAUCAAGCUGUGGGGUCUGAACACUGAGCAUGAUAACUUACUUAAAGUUAUUGUCGCAAUCAAGCGGCAGAUUAUGCAGCGAGUGGAGAGCAGCGAUGGAUCCGAAGAAGAGAGUAUGACUGAAAAACUGGAUAAACUAAUGAAAGACACAAUCGGACGCUCUGUGGCGGGCCAGACGUCGGAGUUUGUGAACGAUGUGCUUGAGAAGGUGUCGGCCGGAGAGUCGGCUGGUGGACUGAGCUGACCAUUGCGGACGUUGUCCUCGACCCGAAACCUCUGCUUAACGACGGGAUGUUAUUAAACAGCGGGAAGGCGGAAAAACAAACAAA